AUGUCUCGGUUCACACUCGCUGCGGUUGCCCUUGCCGGGCUGGCUAGUGGUGUCCUCGGUGCUGAUCUCAAGACAUGUGGUCAGACGCAGUACGACCCAGCUCAGUAUGUCUGCCACGAAAACCAGUUCCUUUGCCCUAUUACCGCCGGAGAGCCCCUCUCGAACUGCGCCGGCGCGUGCUACAGCAAGUUCAUGUACUCAUGUACCGACAACGUGCUCGCCCUCCUGCCCGCCACGUCAAUUCCCUUCACCCUAACCGCCGACAACCCGGGGCUGCCUAUUCAUGGCAAACCUGUCACCGCCUCAGACUUCCACUGGACCAUCAACGGCGAGACGAAGUCGUACUGCCCGGACCAGGUCGGGGACUCGUGCCCCAAGGGCGACAAGACCAUCAUCGCUGCUGGCGGUGGUGGCAUCUCCAUGAAUGUCAUGGUCCCCGGCGGUCAGCUGGCGUUCCUGGAUCCCUACUGGAAUAUUGGCUAUACCCAGGCACACUCUGCAAACAUUCCGUCUGGGAGCGUUACCACGGGCUUUGCGGCGCUGGAGGGCGGCGGCCUGAUCAACCUGAACGGUGCCGGCUGGGGCUGGGGCGCGUGCCCACCGCGCGCGUCUGGUGGUGGUGGCCCGGCGUGGAACUUGGUGGCCAAGAAUGCGACGAACGCCGAAAAGUACGCCGAGUGCCUGCCGAUUAACCUGAAGAUCAAUUCGGUGGCGAGCGGGACUAUUGGUGCAUGGCAGUACACAUAG